AGUUCCUCCUUUUCCCCUCCACCGCCGGCCGAGAACCGACGUUCAAAGAGAAAAGGGGAUUUAAAGUUUGCGUCUUUGAUUAUUGGGUAAAAUAAUCGUGUGCAACAGUUUGAUUUGAUAGAGAAUUUGGGGGUAUUAUUUAUCUGGUUUUGUUCAGAGAAAGAUGGGGAAGAACGAGAAGACAGGUUUAGGGAGAACCCUGGUGAAGCACCACAACCAGUUGAUACAGCAAGCCAAAGAGAAAGGAAGGUUCUACAAGAGUCAGCAGAAGAAAGUUUUGGAAUCCGUCACCGACAUCAGCGACAUCGACGCCGUCAUCCAGCAGGCCGAGGAGUCUGGGUGUGUCUUCUCUGUUGAUAACCCAACACCCAACCUUAUCAAUCUGGACACAAGUUCUGGCACUAGUAGCAUGACCCCAGAAGAAAGGAGAGAGCAACAGAAGAAAGAGGAGGCACUCCAUGCUAGCAGUCUCCGAGUUCCACGCAGGCCACCAUGGAACUCUAGAAUGUCUGUGGAAGAGCUAGAUGCCAAUGAAAGACAAGCUUUUCUAGUUUGGCGCCGGGGCCUGGCAAGACUUGAGGAGAAUGAAAAGCUUGUUCUCACUCCAUUCGAGAAGAACCUGGAUAUUUGGAGACAGCUAUGGCGGGUAGUUGAACGCAGUGAUUUGCUUGUGAUGGUUGUUGAUGCUCGGGACCCCUUGUUCUAUCGCUGCCCUGAUCUUGAGGCAUAUGCCAGAGAGGUUGAUGAGCACAAGAAGACAUUGCUUCUUGUAAACAAAGCAGACCUUUUGUCAUUUUCUCAAGGGAUUCUCUUUGUUUUCUGGUCAGCUAAAGCUGCAUCUGCUGCAUUAGAAGGAAAAAGGGUCAGCGGGACAGAAGAUAACAUGCAAAAGAGUGAUGAGCCUGAUACAAAAAUAUAUGGAAGGGAUGAGCUCUUGGCUCGUUUACAGUUUGAGGCAGAAGAGAUAGCCCAAAUGAGGAGGAAAUCAAGCUCCAGUAGCAACAGCACCUCAUCCAGUGUUCAAUCUCCUGUUGGAAAUGCCAAAGGAACAUCAGCAGUAAAGAAUGUAGUUGUGGGAUUUGUGGGAUAUCCUAAUGUUGGAAAAAGCUCUACUAUUAAUGCUUUGGUAGGCCAGAAGAGGACUGGUGUUACCUCUACUCCUGGGAAAACAAAGCAUUUCCAAACCUUAGUAAUUUCUGAUGAGCUGACUCUAUGUGAUUGUCCCGGAUUGGUGUUCCCAUCUUUCUCAAGUUCAAAAUAUGAGAUGAUUGCUUCUGGGGUGCUGCCAAUUGACAGGAUGACGGAGCAUAGGGAGGCUGUGCAGGUUGUAGCUAAUCGAGUUCCGAGGCAUGUUAUUGAGGGUGUUUACAAGAUUAAUCUGCCUAAACCGAAGCCAUAUGAACCACAGUCUAGGUCACCACUGGCAGCUGAACUUUUGCGAGCUUAUUGUGCUUCUCGUGGGUAUGUUGCCUCUAGUGGACUACCAGAUGAAACUAAAGCAGCCCGGCAAAUAUUGAAGGACUACCUUGAUGGAAAGCUGCCUCACUAUGAAAUGCCACCGGGGAUGUCUAAUGAGGAUGAUGUUGUGGAAGAUGGUGGGAAAUCCAGUUUAUCUGAACUGCAAGAGUCAGAUGCAUCUGAGGACGAAGAAGUUGAGGAUGUUGAAGAUGGUCUGAAAAAUGAAGGUGAAAGUGCACCUGUUCUAGAACAAGUGCUGGAUGAUCUUAAUUCAUUUGACCUGGCCAAUGGUAUGGCUUCAAAGAAGGAGAAGGUUAAGAAAUCCACUACAUCUCAUAAGCAACACAAGAAGCCUCAGAGGAAGAAAGAUCGUUCAUGGAGAGUCGGGAAUGAUGAUGGUGAUGGAAUGCCAGUAGUCAGAGUCUUCCAAAAGGCAGUAAACACAGGCCCUCUAAGUGUCGAAUGAGGCAUCCACAGAAAGAUGACAGUCUAACCUGAGCAUUUUCCAAGUGAGAUUAGGCUCUUCCAGUGUUUUCUCCACUAGUGUACCAUUUCUCUUGGAUCUCUGCUCUAGUCUCAACAAGGAGAAGAGAUAGAAAAUGUAUUCAUAUAUGGUUUAUAUAGCUGAAUCACCGGCAUGGUGUUGAGGUGCCGUUGUUACUUGAGAAGAUGCAUGGUUGGUGCAUAUUUUUGUUAUUUGUAUUUUGUCUGCUAAAUUUCUUAAAUACACAAUAUGAUCGUAC